GUUCUGCAGUCAGCGGGGCUGAGGCACAUUCCUGCACUGCAAGGCUUUCUGUUAAGGAUGUUUUGUGGCUUUUGUUUGGAUUGCAGCAUGCAGAAUUACAGCUGUUCAGAGGAGCCUCAUUACAACUCCUGCUGAAGCUCCUAAUCUUCCUCCCUUCUCUUCUGCCCCUACCCCCUACCCUCAUUGGCCUGAAGACAUUGUACCCAGAGUUUGCCUUACUCCCCUGGUGCUAUGUGUAUGGUAAACCUGGUACUAUGGCCGCAUCUGGGACUGGCCAGACAACUGCUGCUGGUUCUCCCUAUUCCAAGAAGGAUUUAAAGGGGAAUUGUACUGCAGGCAGUGCACCAGAGCAGCAUCAGGAGCUUGGGGACUAAGGUUCGUCUGGCAUUAUUACAGACCCACAGAGCUGACCGCAAUGACUGCAGCUGCUCCUCUGAACUGUUGGCAGCAGCCAAGCGGCAGCAUGAAGUGAGAGAUCACUCCCGAGCUCAAGAUGAACUCUACCUUGGAUGGUAAUCAGAGCAGCCACCCUUUUUGCCUCUUGACAUUUGGCAAUUUGGAAACUGUCGAUUUUUGCCUUUUGGAAGUAUUGAUUAUUGUCUUUCUCACUGUAUUGAUUAUUUCUGGCAACAUCAUUGUGAUUUUUGUAUUUCACUGUGCACCUUUGUUGAACCAUCAUACUACAAGUUAUUUUAUUCAGACUAUGGCAUAUGCUGACCUGUUGGUUGGGGUCAGCUGCCUGGUCCCUUCUUUAUCACUCCUCCACUACCCCCUUCCAGUGGAGGAGUCUUUGACUUGCCAGGUAUUCGGUUUUGUAGUAUCCGUUCUGAAGAGUGUCUCCAUGGCCUCUCUGGCCUGUAUCAGCAUCGAUAGAUAUAUUGCCAUCACUAAACCUUUAACCUAUAAUACCCUGGUUACACCUUGGAGACUACGUGUGUGUAUUUUCCUGAUUUGGCUAUAUUCCACCCUGGUCUUCCUGCCUUCCUUUUUCCACUGGGGCAAACCUGGAUAUCAUGGAGAUGUGUUUCAGUGGUGUGCAGAGUCCUGGCACACUGACCCCUACUUCACCCUCUUCAUUGUGGUGAUGUUGUAUGCCCCGGCAGCCCUCAUUGUGUGCUUCACCUAUUUCAACAUCUUCCGCAUCUGCCAACAGCACACAAAGGAGAUCAGCGAAAGGCAAGCCCGCUUCAGCAGCCAGAGUGGGGAGACUGGGGAGGUACAGACCUGUCCCGAUAAGCGCUAUGCCAUGGUCCUGUUCCGAAUUACUAGUGUAUUUUACAUCCUCUGGUUGCCAUACAUCAUCUACUUCUUGUUGGAGAGCUCCACUGGCCACAGCAACCGCUUCGCCUCCUUCUUGACCACCUGGCUUGCUAUUAGUAACAGUUUCUGCAACUGUGUCAUUUAUAGUCUCUCCAACAGUGUCUUCCAAAGGGGACUAAAGCACCUCUCAGGGGCCAUGUGUACUUCUUGUGCAAGUCAGACCAUAGCUAAGGACCCUUACACGGUUAGGAGCAAAGACCCCCUUAAUGGAUGCCAUAUCUGAAGUGGUUCAGACACUGAGUCACUGUGGUGUGUGUGUGUGUGUGUGUGUGUGUGUGUGUGUGUGUGUUUCCGUUUUAUCUCUGUAUUCCUAGUUCACUAGGAAAUCUGGGACAAAAUAAUUAGACUCUAAGCAAUAGCAAACAAAUGAUCCAUCGAAAAUACCUUCUCAGUUUGCAGAAAUUAUUUUCUAAAAAGUGUUUUGGCAUCAGGAGAAUCAGGACUGUGAAGAUAAAUUGCUCUUGGUUCCAGUUUUUGUAAUGUCAUGGAAAUGACUACAUUUUUAAGAUUUAAAAUAAAUAAAGCCAUAUCUAACACCU